AUGGACUUUGAGUCUAGGGAAGAUAAAGAUGGAAUAAGAUUAUCAUGGUCAUCUUUACCAAAAUCAAAAUUACAACAUCAAAGAAAUGUUAUUCCCAUGGGCUCAUUAUAUACUCCACUAAACAAUAAAAGCGAUAUACAACUACUAGAUCAAAACUGUAUGAUUACAUGUCGCUCGUGUAGAUCUAUCUUGAAUCCAUAUGUAAUUGUUAAAAAUGAAAUCUGGACAUGUCAAAUCUGUGGAUUUACAAAUCAAUUACCUCCUGUAUUUGAUGCUGAAGGUCAAAGAGUUAUUCAACCAAGUUUAAAUCCGGAACUAACUACCGUAGAGUAUAAGACAGGAAGAUCAAGUACUUUAGCUCCAAUCUUUUUUUAUGUCGUAGAUACAUGUUUUGAAGAGAAUGAUAUCGAGGUUUCAUUCAAGCAAUUAAAAGAAAGUUUGAUACUCUCCUUAAGUUUAUUACCGGAGGGUGCUUUGGUCGGUUUCAUCUCAUACGGAAAACACGUUAGAAUUCAUAAUUUAGUAGCUAAUGACAAUAUAUCGUAUACAUUCAAUGGUUCCAAAACUUACAAUUUGGAACAAAUACAAUCGUCAUUAGGUUUUUUAGGAUUAAAGUCAACGCCAAAAAAUGACAAUUCAAUUGGAUUUGAUAGAAUCAGUUCUAUUGGGAAAAGAUUUUUACAACCAGUAAGUAUAGUCGAAUAUCAGUUAACUAGUAUCAUAAAGAAUUUAGUUCCUAAUGUUCUUCCUCAUAAAGAAGCCAGAGAGCGUUUAAAUAGAUCAUCAGGCUCUGCAUUAAACAUAGCUACACUUUUAUUAAAAGCUAUAUUAGGAAAUACUCAUGCUGUUGGAGGUCAUAUUUUAGCUUUUAUAGCUGGAGUGUGUACAUCAGGUCCAGGUCAAAUUGUUAGUAAGGAAUUGAAAGAGCCUUUAAGAUCACAUUAUGAUAUUAUAAAAUCACAAAACACUAAAAUACAGGCUCCAUCAACUUCUUCAAAGACUAAAUCCAAUUUAUCAUUUUUGAAAAAUGCAAAAAAAUUUUAUUCUGAAAUUACUCAAAGACUUGUCAAUUUGGGAUUGAGUUGUAAUUAUUUCAUUGGUAGUUAUGAUCAAGUUGGUUUAUAUGAAAUGGAUGAAGUAUGCUUGAAAACAGGUGGUCUUAUAGUCAUGUCAGAUUCAUUUAGUACUGCUAUUUUUAAACAAAGUUUUGGCAAAUUUUUUAAAAGACAACGAGAGGAUGAAGAAAUAGAAAACGAUUAUUUGGAUAUGGGUUUUAAUGCUACACUUGAAAUCAAAACUUCUACAGAUUUAAAAAUUCAAGGACUAAUUGGUAAUGCAACAUCUUUACCAUUAAAUAAAUCUGUUCCGGUUAAUGAUAGAAUGAUAAGUCAAAAGUCUAUUGGUGAAGGAAACACAAAUUCCUGGAAACUAUGCAAUGUCAAUCCACAAUCUACUUAUGCAAUUUAUUUUGAUAAACUAGAUAGUUUAGCAUUAGCAUCGACAUUUAUACAGUUUUUAUUUCAUUAUCAACAUCCAUGCGGCGAAAUGAGAUUAAGAGUUACUACCCUUUGUAUAAAUCUUGUUCCAGAUUUAGAUGAGGCUAAUUUAGAACUUGGAUUUGAUCAAGAAGCAGCAUUGGUUUUAAUUGCAAGACAAUAUAUUAACAAAUUACAAUGGAAUUUGGGACAAAGACUUUCAACAGAAGCUGAAGUCGUAAAACAAUUGGAUCAAAUACUAAUCGAAUUUUGUACAAAAUUUGCAACGUAUACUGUUGGAAUGAUUGAUUCAUUUAGAUUGUCUCAAAAAUUUGCAUUAUUCCCUCAAUUUUUAUACCACUUACGAAGGUCUCCGUUCAUUAAUGUUUUCAAUAGCUCGCCUGAUGAAACAAGUUAUGUCAGACACAUUUUUAUGCACGAUGAUUUGGCUAAUUCUUUAUUAAUGAUACAACCAACAUUAUUAUCUUAUGAUGUAAAUACAUGGGGAUCCACGACUGAAGAAACAAAUGAGAUUCUAAAUGAACCCGAACCAGUUUUAUUAGACUCAUUAAGUUUAGGACAUUCGAAAAUAUUAUUAUUGGAUACAUUUUUUCAAAUUUUAAUUUAUCAUGGUUCACAAAUUGCGGAUUGGAGAAAAGCUGGCUAUCAUGAACAAGAAGAAUAUGCAUAUUUUAAAGAUUUUCUUGAAGCUCCAAAAAAAGAAGCAAUGUUAUUGUUAAUGGAUCGUUUUCCAUUACCAAGAUUCAUCGAUUGUGAUGAAGGUGGUUCUCAAGCUAGAUUUUUAAUGGCUAAAUUGAAUCCUAGUACAUCUUAUGCAACAAAUGUCAAUCAUUUUUAUGGAUUUGGUGAUAGAUCAGAUGUCUUUACGGAUGACAUUAGUUUAUCAUCUUAUUUAGAUCAUAUAACAAGAAUUGCAGUAAUGAAAUCAAAAUAG